GUGGAUUCAGUUCUGUAUUUUCAGGAACUUUGUUAAAUAAAACUGAUCAAGUUUGGUGUGAAAAUGAAAACAAAUUCGUAGAGAAGCCACUUGUAGUCGCAUUGAAAUCUUUAAAAAAUUCACAAGAUCUUGAUGAGGAUUUUUUAGACGAGGUUAAACGACACGGAAGUCGUAAAUUCGAUGGUUGUCGUUGUCUUGUUCAUUGUCGUGGAAAUCUAAGAAAUUAUUUAAGAAGAAACAUGGGAACCCUGCAAUGGAAAGAUGUUGUAGAAAUAUUAAGCAAUAUUGCAAUAGGUCUUAUGAAUAUUCAUAAAAAUGGAACAUUUCACAAGAACCUUCAUUGUGGAAACAUUUUAAAGUAUUCAAUCUUCAAUAUUGCCGAUUUUGGUUUAAAUGGUCCCUCGGGAACAUCUGAUCCAAAAGGUGUAUACG